AUGGCGAGAUUAAGGAGGAACGACAGUCAUAUUGGUCAAAACUAUGUGAAUCAAUACGAUGAAGGACAUGAUAUUGACAAAAUAUCUAAAUUACCAAGAAACCUUAUUGAUGAUAUUUUGAAACGUAUGACCAUAAAGGAAGUUGCAAGGAUGAGCGUGUUAUCACAAAAAUGGAAUCAGAUAUGGUCUACACAUCCAUUUCUUGUGCUAGAUCGCCGGUUCCAUGAAGAAAUAGAUUAUCAAAAUCGAUCAUCAUCCUCAGUCACUUUUGACUUUAAAAAUAUUAUAAACAAAAUCCUCUUACAACAUAGUGGUUCAAUUGUCAAGUUUGUGCUUGACAUAUCAACUGUUGGUUCUGACUGGGACCUUCAUCAUUGGCUACGAUACGUUUCUAACAAUGGGCUUAAGGAACUCAAAAUCGAAAAUAAUUCAAUCCAAUCCACAUAUACUUUGCCAUCUUUCGUAUUCAAUUCUGGAGAAUUGAGCCGUUUAGAUAUCACCAAUUGUGACUUCAAGAUGCCCCUUACCUCUACAUCAUUUCAGAAUCUUGUGAGGCUUGAUCUAAGGCUAAUAAGUUUUGAUCCAAUAUUGGUGUAUACCAAACUUGUGGCUCCACUUCUCUCGAUCAUGGUGCUUACAUAUUGUGAUGGUCUCCAGUAUCUUAAUAUCUCUGCGCCCCGGUUGCGUGGCUUACACAUUGUUGAUAGUCACUAUGUUGAUUUGAUAGUUCUCAAAGCCUAUCCCAAUCUGAAAACGUUGACUAUUGUGACAUGCGACAAAAUCGAGCAAUAUGAAUUUUGGAGAAGGUUUACUUUGACAGACAUUAUUUGUUCGUUCCCUAAACUUAUAGGGUUAGACUUCAAUAGUCCGUUCUUCAAGGUUGAAACAAUUUUUCAUCUAUGA